UUCAUAAAAUAGAGGGUGGGAUUUGCUACACAGGGCAUUUACAGUCUGGCACUGGGACAAGACAACUGAUCUUAUACUUACUGCAGCAGGAACUUGUCAACAUUCCCAGCCAUGAAAGGCAAAAAUCUCAAAGAUGACCUGGAAUUCCUUUUACAAGGAGUAGCUGAUUUUGACAUCCAAGGCAAGGCUCUACCAUCUGACAUAUUCACGCAUGGAUCAUCAGCAUUUCCUAUUGGAUUGACCCCAGAUGGAAAGAUAUUCCUUGCUGGAGCGUGCUAUAGACAGGGCCGAGUAAUUGUUGCUGGCCAUGAAACCUACCUAGGUAGUGAGUUAUUGUCCACUUUCAUGAUCAAUGCUGUGGAAUGGCUUGAUAAAGGACGAAAAGGAGUUAUUGGUGUGUUACCUGAACUUAAAGAUGCAUAUAGGCUUCUGAGCAAGUCAGGACUACAGUGUCAGUUGACUGGGUUUAAGGAAGACCUGAGUGUCUUUGUCUGCACCUCUUACAACGAUGCUCAGUGUAAAGAGAUCCAGGAAUUUGUUGGUGGGGGUGGUGGUCUCUUGAUAGGUGGACAGGCUUGGUCGUGGGCUUUUAAAAAUCCUGACCUCAAUGUGAUGACUGAAUGCCCUGGAAACCAUGUUCUUGGAAAAAUGGGGUUGUGCCUCUUAGGUAAAACUGUAGAGGCUGGGUUUUACAAGGCUCCACAUGUUUUCCAAGAUGACAUAGAAUUCCUUUUACAAGGCGUAUCUGAGUUUGACAUCCAAGGCAAGGCUGUACCAUCUGAGGUUUUGGUGCAUGGUUCUUUAGCGUUCCCUAUCGGACUCACUCCAGACAGAAAGGCAUUCCUAGCUGGAACAUAUUUUGGACAGGGACGAGUUAUUGUGGCCAGCCAUGAAAUUUACCUAAGCCAUGAAUCACUGUCCACCUUCAUGAUCAAUGCUGUUCAGUGGCUUGAUAAAAGGCGUAAUGGGCUUAUCGGAGUAUUACCUGAACUUAAAGAGGCCUACUACUUGCUAAACAAAUCAGGGCUACAGUGUCAGUUGACUGGCUUUAGGAAAGAUCUGAGCGUCUUCGUCUGUACAUCAUACAGUGAUGCUCAGUGUAAAGCGAUCCAGGAGUUUGUUGCUGGUGGUGGUGGUCUUCUGAUUGGUGGACAAGCUUGGCAGUGGGCCCAGGGCAACCCUGAACGUGAUGUGAAGAUAGAUUGCCCUGGAAAUCGCAUCUUGGGCAAGAUGGGAUUGUAUCUCCUUGGUUCAACCAUGAAAGCUGGGCUGUACAAGGCCCCACGGCUUUUCAACUAUGCCCUAGAAUUCCUUUUACAAGGAGUUUCUGAAUUAGAUAUCCAAGGCAAGGCUGUACCAUCUGAGAUAUUGGUGCAUGGUCCUUCAGCAUUUCCUAUCGGAUUCACCACAGAUGAAAAGGCAUUUCUUGCUGGGGCAUACUAUGGAAAGGGACGUGUAAUUGUGGCCAGCCAUGAAACAUACUUAAGCCGCGAGUCCUUGUCCACAUUCAUGAUCAAUGCUGUCUACUGGCUUGAUAAAAAACCCAAUGGGGUUAUUGGAGUUGUACCUGAACUUAAGGAGGUCUACAGCCUGCUGAAUAAGUCAGGACUACAGUGUCAGUUGUCUGGGUUUAAGGAAGACCUAAGUGUCUUUGUCUGCACCUCAUACAGUGAUGGUCAGUCUAAAGAGAUCCAGGAGUUUGUUGCUGGUGGUGGUGGUCUUCUGAUAGGUGGACAAGCUUGGUCGUGGGCCCAUUCCAACCCUGGCCGUAAUGUGAAGAUAGAUUUUCCUGGUAAUCACAUCCUUGAUAGAAUGGGUCUGUGUGUCUUGGAUAAAACUCUCACUGUUGAUGUGUACAAGGCUCCACAGGUGAACCAACAUGGCAUUAACUCUACACAGAUGUAUAAUUUCCAGGAUUUGUUGCAGCAUUUUGCUCAACAUGUGCUUCAGGGCAAGAAGCUGGAAGAUUAUAAACAGCCGUUUCUGAAGAAGCUUGGCAAUGACUGUGUCAGUUAUCUUUGUUUGCAGGCAUACAACUAUGACAUGUACAAGUCAGUAGUUGUACUCCUCACAGACAUGAUAAAGGCAGGGUUUCCACAGGUCUCUCCUACAUGUCCUGUAGAAAGUGCAAAGGAUCACCUGCUACUCCAGGUGGGGAUUGAAUUGUUCAGGCUCUCUGAAGACACCAGUGAACUUCUAUCAUACCUCAUCACAGACAUACCUGAUCUGCCAUCUGUAUCCAAUGCAAGAGUCUGGAUCAGUGCUAGCACAGCAGAUGAUGAAGAAUGGAUAAGCACAGGCCUCUAUCUUUCUCCAGGAAUGAAGACUAAAAUUACAGUGCCCAGGACAAUUGUAGACAAGGGUUGGCAGGUGCAGAUCGGCUGUCAAACAGACGACUUAUGCAAGCUAGAUAAACUGAAACGAGCUCCAGUGGUCUAUGUGCGCUUCCCUUUGAAAAAAGAGAAUCUGCACGUUUGGAAUCUGUGGGGAGGACUCAUAUACCUGAUCGCACCUCCUAGAAGUACAGCACAUAAGAUGGAGGUUGUCAUACAGACAGCCAUAAAAGCACCGUACUACAAGUCUGGAGAGACGAGCGUAUCUGACUGGGUAGCUAAGAUCCGUAAAGCACCAGCACCUUGGGCAGAGCUGGAGUUUGAGAAUCUCAUCAUCACCUUGCCAUCAGAGAUGAUAGGGCAAUUGGAUCGUCCAGACAAAGUGGCCACUCUCUGGGAUUCCAUAAUGAGGGGCGUAGCUGAUUUGGCCGCUAAGCCUGCAAAGUUUUCUCGCAAGGAACGCUUCGUUGCUGAUGUUCAGAUCUCGGCUGGCUUAAUGCAUUCAGGUUACCCCAUUAUGAUGAAGACUCAGAGUGCCACACACUUGGUGAACCCAUAUGUUGCUGGUAAAAGUGAUUUUUGGGGACCUCUUCACGAACUGGGUCAUAAUCAGCAAUGCUCAGACUGGGAGUUCCAGCCACAUACUUGCGAGUGCACCUGUAACCUCUGGCCCGUGUACACACAUGAGGUGGUGCUGCGUGUGAACAGGGAAAAUGCUCACGUGGGCCUGACAGCGGAUAAACGAUUGAGCCGAAUAAAGAAAUACAUCACAGAAGGCAGGCGUCUGGAGAACUGGAAUAGCUGGACAGCACUGGAGACUUACUUGCAGCUGCAAGAAAAGUUUGGCUGGGACGCCUUCAAGAAAGUCUUUGCUACUUACCAUGACAUGAAAAACAUACCAAAAGACAACAGUGGCAAGAUGAACCUGUAUGCUGAAACCUUCUCCAAGGUAGUAGGGAAGAAUAUAGUCCCCUUCUUCAAAGCCUGGGGCUGGCCCAUCCAGCCCAGCACUGAGGAGAAGCUGUCCAGCCUGCCUAAAUGGACUGACCAUCCUCUGGUUCAGUAUGAGUAGCUAAAACAACCAUGUUUCAUAGAGAAUGUUUUUUGUCUCAGAUUAUAAAGAUUUUAUGGUUUGGAUAGUCUUUAAGAGAUCAUUUACAUUAAUUUAUAAAAUAAUGUUUUUUGAAAAUGCUAAAAAAAAAGCAGCUUCAUUAUAAACACUGACGUUCGUGCUAAAGCCUGAGUAGACUGAUAAACCAAUCUAAUGAGAUUCAGUAUCACUCCUUUGAGGGAUGAUGGAACUGAACAGUGUUCUCAGUGAACAUGCUCAUGAGUGAUGAGCUUAGCAUUGCUGUUGUACUGGGCUCGUGCUGUAUUUUGUGGCAAGUUAUAUGUCGUUAACAGAACCACAUAGCUAGCCAUUUUAUAGUCAUAUUUGCAAAAGUUACUGUUAACUUUUUUAUUGUUAAUGGGAUUUUGCUUCAUUUGUGAGACAGCAGUGGGAUUUUUGGAACAGUGGACUGAAGCGGGCAGUGAGAACCAAAGUAACAUUAAUCAAAAUAACAAAAUAACAGCAACGUAAUUUCAAUAAGUGAGCUUUUCAUAAAACAUACUAACAGAGGCAUUUAAGUGUGAAGUGCUAAGUGUGAGUUUUUCCCUGUGUGCUGUUGUGAAUAUGUAUUCUAAAUGUAUUGUAAAAGAAUUGUGAAUGUUACUCACUGUGUAUUGUAAUUGAAUGUGUUACUGAACACAUUUAGAACAGUGUAUACAUUAUUAUAUUAUCACUAUUUUUACGUAUUCUGCCCACAUCUGGUUACAUUAUACACAUACCUACAAGUGCCAUUUGGAAGUGUAAAAUGUCUGAACAUUAAUGUGAAUGCUGAAUUUGCAUUGUGUGCAUUCAAGUCCCUCUCUGUGAGUGUGCCCUCUAGAGGUCAAGCUGAAUAUAAGAGAGGAAGUCUAAUGUCAGGGGUGACCAUCAUGGUGGUAGCCUUUAACCACACAUACACACCUAGCUGCCAGAGUUGCUUGAAUGUGCCUGUUUAGCCGUUGUAAAUGUCUGCCUUUAUUAAAAAAAACUUUAAUUGUAUCUAUUAAUAAUUUGGCUUGUUUUAAGAAAUAUGCUUAAGCCAAAUCAUAUGCGAAUAAAUGUAGACAAUUUGGUAUAGAGUAAGGUAGAAGUAAAGUACUGAAUAAUGGAAGUAGUAAGUAACAUAAUCCCAGCAUAUUUUGAGAGAAGUGUUAAAUAUUAUUUGACUUUAUUUUAUUUUAUUUGCUUUUAUUAACUUUGUAACUUCUGUUCCUUUCUGUUUUGCCAUUUGGGUUAAUAUCAUUUGCAUUUUGUAUGUCUUUUCUUGGGUGAUGUGUGGGGUCUUUGGAGAGCGGUCCUUUGUCAUGUAACGACUCCCAAUGGUUAGCUUAUCUUGACAUCUGGUUAUCUAUACCUCCAAAUCCAGCAACGGGGAGACUGUAAAUUCCUGGGUGGACCUCAACACCUCUAUUUUAAUUACAAAGGUAGAGGCAGCCGGCCAUCAAGUAGGGGGGCCUUUUAGGGUCAUUGAGUCAAAGAAAUAACUGGUGGGGUGCUUUUACUGGAGGGAAUAUAAGUUUGAUGACUGUGAAGACUAUUUCAGACUCACUUGAUGGGAAGACGCGCGUU